UAUACUGUAUAGUAAAAUUACCCCCCUAAAGAAUUAUAAAGCAGUCUAAAAAAAACCUUCAAUUCCUACCUCCUGUCUCUAGUUGCUAUGAUGCAGCAAAAAAUGCAAUUAGUGAAUGCAAGAAAUGGUACUGCUUACAAAUUUCCUGUAUUAAGCCGGCUAUUGUGUAAGUGUCCUGUAUGGAAUCUGUGUGUGUGUGUGUGUGUGUGUGUGUAUAAAUAGUCUGGAAUAUGUUGGAUCCUGACAAAGAUUGGAAGAUGUCUUGCUCUGCAUUGUCUCUAACACUAGGCAUCCUAAGUAGUUUGGUCUUUCAAGAUGUUACUACUGUCAAACUUCCACUUGCUGGCAACAACAACAUCAACACAGUUACAAGAAGAAUAUUUUUAAAGAGCAAUGAAGAUCUUCCCCGGAGUCUGGAAAUGGAGGACUCCACACUGAACAUGGCUCCAGCCAGCAGCAGCAGAGUAAACUCACCUACCAUCCUUCGCCUACACCCACUCUUGUCAAAAUCAGUGCAUACGCAUGCCAACCUGCCUCUCCGCUUUGGCCGUGGCUCUGCACAUAUGCUACGGAUGCCCAAGUCCUCUAUCAACCUACCACAAAGGUUUGGUCGCUCUGAAAGCACCAAACCUACCUCUGGUAUGCAGUGUACAAUGUGCCGCCGCAGUGAGAGCCCACCUUCAGCCACACUCCCACAGAGAUUUGGCAAGAGAAACCUUUUGGUUGGUGAUUCAUUUCACGCAGGAGCUGUGUUUGUACACACCCAUAAGAUGCCAUCACUUAGGACACCAGACCAUGACUACAUGACUGAAAUGGUUGAAAAGGAAGAUAAAGCUUUAAAGAGUAAAACAUACAUUGACUUAGAAAUCUAA